GGAACACUCCGAAGGGUCCGACACGUGGAUUUCUUGACCGCCCAACUUCUCCGAUUCCGUUCCUGAUAGAGACCUCUUGGUCGUUUCUGCUUCCUCUCCCGUGAACCUUUUCUCCACAUCAUCUCCUGUACCUGUUUUACUACGUACGACGGAGACGAGAGAUCAUCCGAGGUUCCCCAGCGGUACCUCUCUCGUUCUCGGUCGACGAUUACUAGAGGGACGCAGCCGGCACGCCCAUCAUCCGAUUCCCACCCAGUCCGCCAGCCGCAUCGCACACCUCGAGCGCCAUCCUUUGAUCGCAUCGCGUCGCAUCCAACGAGCCACCAACCUGGGCUACUAGACGGAGAGAACGAGACAAGAUGGAGCUUCAAGAACUCCAAACCCACCUGACCGAAUGGCUCAAUGAAGCCAUCACGGCCUUCCAAAAGGUGCCGGGGUCCGCAGUCCUGAUCCGCUAUGUCAGGUCAUCGUACCAAAACGAUCCGGUGCGCUCGGCCAUCGAGCUGGUCCUGGUCAUCUUCUUCAUCAGAUACCUUAUGGCGCCGGCCUACUCGACUUCGAAGCAGAACUUUAUCAAGUUGACUGACGAUGAAAUCGAUGAGCUCGUUGACGAAUGGACCCCCGAGCCUCUUGUGCCGAACAUGACCGUCCUCGAGGAGAUGGAGUCCGAGAAGCUGCCAAUCAUUGUUGGCGCAACCGGCCCCAAAUCCAAGCUCGCCAACGGCCGCACAGUCACCAACCUCGCCUCGUACAACUUCUACAACCUCAACGCCAACGAGCAAAUCAAGGAAAAAGCCAUCCAGACCCUUCGCACCUACGGCGUCGGCCCCUGCGGCCCGCCCCAGUUCUACGGCACCCAGGACGUGCACAUGCGGGCCGAGGCCGACAUUGCCAACUACAUCGGUACCGAAGGCUGCAUCGUGUACGCGCAAGCCUUCUCCACCAUCUCGUCCGUGAUCCCGGCCUUUUGCAAGCGUGGCGACAUCAUUGUGGCUGACCGGGCCGUCAACUACUCGAUCCGGCGCGGCCUCGAGAUCUCGCGCUCCAACAUUCGGUGGUACGCGCACAACGACCUGGACGACCUCGAGCGCGUCAUGGCCAAGGUGGUGGCCGAGCAGGCCCGCACCAAGAAGCUGACGCGCCGCUUUCUCGUGACCGAGGCCCUGUUCGAAACCACGGGCGAGAUGAACGACCUGCCCCACCUGAUCGAGCUCAAGGAGAAGUACAAGUUCCGCAUCAUGCUGGACGAGACGUGGUCGUUUGGCGUCCUGGGCCGCACCGGCCGCGGCCUGACCGAGGCGCAGAACGUCGACCCUACCCAGGUGGACAUGAUUGUGGGCUCGCUCGCUGGUCCCCUCUGUGCCGGCGGCGGGUUCUGUGCGGGACCCAAGGACGUGGUGGAGCAUCAGCGCUUGACGGCCGCGAGUUAUACGUUUUCGGCCGCGUUGCCGGCCAUGUUGGCCAUUAUUGCCAGUGAAAGCUUGCAUGUUAUCCAGGAGAACCCCGAGGCGACGUUGGGCGUGUGCAGGGAGAACAUCCGGUUGAUGAGGGCGCAGUUGGAUCCCAAGAGCGAUUGGGUGAUUUGCACCAGUGCGCCCGAGAAUCCGAUUUUGCUGUUGGUGCUGAAGCCGCAGGUGGUGGAAGCGAGGAGGCUGACGGCGGAGGAUCAGGAGCGUCUGUUGCAGGAGGUUGCUGAUGAGUGCCUCGCCAACAACAUCCUCGUCACCCGCCUCAAGGGCGGUCCCAUCACCACCCACAUGGGCCUCAAGGACAACGUCUACACCGCCACCCCGGCCCUUAAAGUCUGCGUCACUUCUGGCCUGUCCAAGAAGGAGACGGAGAAGGCCGGCAUUGCGAUCCGUCACGCCAUCACCAAGGUCAUGACCAAGAAGGGGAAUAACAAGCUGGGUGUUCCUACUGCUUAGCUGAAGAGCUGGUAGGCCUCUUCCUGCACUUGCUUGUUCCGUUUCUUUCUUUGUUUGUCUAAUUCCACACUAUGUUACUGUAAAAACACUUUAUGGAUUAUCUCAACGUGGCUGCUGUGGCAGUGGGAGACAGACAUAAAGACAGCGAAAGGGGGUUAUGGAGGUUAGAAGACGGUAUAUGGGCUUGUAGGCUUUAUGGAAUGGAAUGGGGGGACAAAAAAGUAAAAUGAAUGGUGUGAAAUGACAUGAAUAUGAAUUAGAUGGAUGGAUGAUGGGCUGGAAGCAAUGGCUGGCUGCCUAUGACGGCGGAAUGGUGGAUGGAUGUCACGAUAGACCAAGAUAGAUAGUUAAUACGUAAUGUGAUGAUGUGAAUGGUAUUGGAUACACUACACC